AUGGAGCGAAGACGCAUCACCUCUGCACGUCGCUCUUAUGCCUCCACCGAGACGGUGGUCAGGGGUCUGGGUCCCAGCCGCCACCUGGGUACCAUCCCGCGCUUCUCUCUGGCUCGAAUGUCUCCCCCACUCCCUGCCAGGGUGGACUUCUCCCUGGCAGGUGCUCUUAAUGCUGGCUUCAAGGAGACUCGAGCCAGUGAGCGCGCAGAAAUGAUGGAGCUCAAUGACCGCUUUGCUAGCUACAUCGAGAAGGUCCGCUUUCUGGAACAGCAGAACAAAGCGCUGGCAGCUGAGCUGAACCAGCUUCGCGCCAAGGAGCCCACCAAACUGGCCGACGUCUACCAGGCAGAGCUGCGGGAGCUGCGGCUGCGGCUGGACCAGCUUACUGCCAACAGUACCCGGUUGGAGGUGGAGAGGGACAAUUUGGCACAGGACCUCAGCACCCUGAGGCAGAAGCUCCAAGAUGAAACCAACCUGAGGCUGGAGGCUGAGAAUAACCUGACUGCUUAUAGACAGGAGGCAGAUGAAGCUACCAUGGCCCGUCUGGAUCUGGAGAGGAAGAUUGAGUCGCUGGAGGAGGAGAUCCAGUUCUUGAGGAAGAUCCAUGAGGAGGAAGUUCGAGAGCUCCAGGAGCAGCUGGCCCAACAGCAGGUCCACGUGGAGAUGGAUGUGGCCAAGCCAGACCUCACAGCAGCCCUGAGAGAGAUUCGAACUCAAUACGAGGCAGUGGCCACCAGUAACAUGCAAGAGGCUGAGGAGUGGUAUCGGUCCAAGUUUGCGGAUCUCACAGACGCAGCUUCCCGCAACGCAGAGUUGCUCCGCCAGGCUAAGCACGAGGCUAAUGACUAUCGUCGCCAACUGCAGGCCUUGACCUGCGACCUGGAGUCUUUACGUGGCACGAACGAGUCCCUGGAGAGGCAAAUGCGUGAACAGGAGGAGCGCCACGCACGAGAGUCGGUGAGUUACCAGGAGGCGAUCGCCCGGCUGGAGGAGGAGGGUCAAAGCCUCAAGGAGGAGAUGGCCCGCCACCUACAGGAGUACCAGGAUCUACUCAACGUCAAGCUAGCCCUGGACAUCGAGAUUGCCACCUAUAGGAAACUGUUGGAGGGCGAGGAAAACCGCAUCACUAUCCCUGUACAAACUUUCUCCAACCUGCAGAUCCGAGGGGGCAAAGGCACCAAAGAAGGGGAAGGCCACAAAGUCACAAGACAUCUCAAAAGGCUCACAAUACAAGUUAUCCCAAUACAGGCUCACCAGAUUGUAAACGGAGCCCCGCCAGCUCUCGAAACCAGCUUGGACACCAAGUCUGUAUCAGAGGGACACCUCAAGAGGAACAUCGUGGUAAAGACAGUGGAGAUGCGUGAUGGCGAGGUCAUCAAGGAGUCCAAGCAGGAACACAAGGAUGUGGUGUGAGGGGUGCCCACCUGCUGGCUCCUGCCACACAGCGUGAAGGGCCCAAAGCUCCUCCUCAGACAGUCCUCUUCCCGUCCAUGUCGGCAUUCCCCUUCCCUUUGUUCUCAUGCCUGUCUGCUGCCCAAGACUCAGUCCUUACUCAGCCUGACAGAUGGCACAUACCCUGCGCCUCCAACUAACAGGCUACUCACCCCAAAGGGGCAGUCAGGAGGGGAGGGGCCGGCAGCUGGGUUAGAAUUGGAAGGAAAGAGGAAAGUUGGGCAGAGCAGGGAGUCUUAACGAAUCAUUUCCUUCAUCCUUGUUGUUAUGGAAACUGUUGCUAGAGCUAGAAGGCUCUGGGAACUGGCUGCUGGAGGGAGACAGAAAGUCAGACAGAAAGGGGAGGUCCCAAGGCAAAGUAGCUCUAGUCAGAGACCUAUGCUUCUGGAAAAGCCCUGACUGAUCGAGGGGUGGGUAGGGUAGACCUGCUACCCGGAAUGGCCAUUAAGGCAGUCCCGAGGGUCCUCCAGAAUGGUGACUCAUGUCUCAACCCCACUGGGGUUGCCAUGCAGCUCAGCAGCCUGUGAGCAUACGGAGACUUGG